AAGCGACUAGUAAUGAUUUUUGUAUGUCCGACGAAACGUCCAGAUUGUUUUGGUUCGGUUUACUUUACGUAAACGGCGUACUGAGAGAUAAGGGUUUUCCCAUUGGAAAGAAUUCAUCAUGGGAAAAAGCUGCAAAGUCGUUAUAUGUGGCCAGACCGCAGUUGGUAAAACAGCUGUUUUGGAACAGUUACUGUAUGGCAAUCAUGUUGCAGACUCAGAGUCCAUGGAGACCCUUGAAGAUAUUUAYGUCGGUUCAGUUGAGACGGACCGUGGGACACGAGAGCAGGUGCGCUUCUACGACACCCGUGGGCUCCGGGACGGGAUGGAGUUUCCCCGACAUUACUACACUUUUGCCGACGGCUUUGUGCUCGUCUACAGCAUCGACAACAAAGACUCCUUCAAACGGAUGGAGGUGCUGAAGAAAGAUAUCGAUCGUCACAGAGACAAGAAAGAGGUGACCUUCAUCGUGUUGGGCAACAAGCUGGACAAGCAGAAYGAGAGGAGGGUCGACUCCAACUUCGCUCAGAACUGGGCGAAGAACGAGAAGGUGCGUCUGUGGGAGGUGUCGGUGGCRGACCGCCGCACGCUCAUCGAGCCCUUCGUGUACCUGGCCAGCAAGAUGACCCAGCCGCAGAGCAAGUCCACGUUCCCUCUGACUCGCAACAAGAACAAGGGCAGCGGUUCAACGGACAGCUAAAAUGUUGAACUUGGCUGUCCUGUGGGGGGAUAUGUUAAAGGAAAUGUUCUUUUACUUCAAAAAUACAUUUUAGUUUCCACCAAGUCAGCUUCUGGAAUACACCUCAGGAGCGACUGAAGUACUGAAGUUUUCUGUUUUAGGACAAGGGAGAGUAAAGGCAUAACGAUUGUUUGGGUAUUUAUAUUUUCUUAGCACUGUUAGUUUGAUGUAUCAUCUAUAUUUUAUGUUCUGCUGAAAUACUAUAAKUGUGAAUAUUCCUGUUCUACCAGUCAGCAAAUGGAACAAAGCAUCAUUUUUGUUUGAAUUCUACUGACGGUAAAACAUUUCUUUUCUAACAUCAGCAGGUUUGUUUGGACCGUAGUGACUGUGCUGUGGACCGACGUGUUGUAGCUCCUAAAUAAAUCACAAUCAGCAUUUUCUCCUAGCUGCUAGCUCAGAAUGCUGCAGUUUCAAAAUAAGAUAGAAACUGAUUAAAAAAAACUUUCACAUAUGGACACUAAAGCACAACUAAAUCACAGACUGCAGCAUUUUCAAAUGUUACGUAACACCUGCUGGACAAAGGCUGGAUUUUCUGUACUGUUMAUUAACAGGUGACUGAAGGGACAUUAACUCGUUAGAUAUGUUUAUAUAGAAACUCAUCUUUUUAUUAUUUGUGAUGACAUUCCUUACCACAAAAAGCCUUCUGAAAUGGGAGGAUGGUAGACAUGGCUUCAGGCUCAGGUGUUCCAGAUAAAACGGAUCACACUACAGUCAACUAUCAACAUUAUGACCCUUAUAAUCAUGUUUGUUGCUGAUGAAUUUUAUGUUUUAUUCUGAAAUGUGACCAAAACCAGAGAAAAACKGGCAUCCAUUUGGGAAACACUGAACAUUUACGUGUUUGUGCCAUGUCUGUUGUUACUAUCCUUUAUGCAACUUUUUUUGUACAUUUUAAAGCUUUUUAUUUAAACACAGUUGGAAAAAAACUUGUGAGUUUAUAUUUGCAUAUUUUGUAAACUGAUUAAAGUCUUUCUGUGCCUGAA